GGGGACCAUAGCGGACCGCUGGCCGAUGGGUAGUGAGGGGGUCCGUGGUCCCAGCGCAAGCCGUCGGGAGCAGCCUCGUGCGGUCCAGACCGCUUUGUUGGAGCUUUCCGAGGCCCCCCCACCCCACCCCCUUUCCUCCGAAGUACUCCUCCUCCUCCUCUUCGUCUUGCUGUAGGCCUCCUGAUGUCUUCGGGCAUCUUUUGGCUCAAGCGACUUGCCGGCUCACCGAUCAGACCUCACCGCAGGACCCUAUCUUGGAUACCGCAGUCCACACACACACUAUCCGUGCCGAGGGAUGCCCGCGCCAGCGCGCGGCUGCCUGUUGUACUGCAAUCUCCUGGCCCUGGGAGCCUACUCCAGCCUGCCAGCGAGGUCCUUGGCGCUCGGAGGUCGGGGCGAGCGCCGGUUGCGAGACGGAGGAUCUGGAGACGGUGACGGCACGUCUGCCCUGCAGGCUCAGCGGGAGGGCCAGGGCGCCGCGUACGACGUCAGACUGUCGUUCGUGAUCACCGGAUUCGACUACGCAUCGUUGGCAGGCUCCGAUGUGGCCACGGCAUCUCUGUCUACGAAGAUCGCCGACAGCAUCUGUGGGGCCAUCUUACUGCCAGCAGCCGACUGCCAGGUGACGCUGUCGGCAGGCACGGAACUGACGGGCAGCGUCAGAUCAAAGGACCCUUGCCACAGAGAGCGCGACAGCAAGGUGGUGGUGGAGGUCAUCAUCGCCCAAGGUUCCCUCAAAGACGCCGAGGCCAUCUCUGCCGAGAUCGAGGCGAACAAGGACUCAAUCACGUCCGGCCUGUUGCUGAGCACGAUCGGCGACACGCAGAUCAUGGAACACUUAAACGGGGUCGCCAUUAGCAUCCCAAACUACAUCGUCUCGAGCGAGGAGAACCACGAUUUCUCUCACCCUGGCCACGCGCAGACCAUGGACGGUGCCAGCCAGCAGGCCGCGGCAUCCGUGGCGCCGUUCGAUGGGGCCUCCGCGCAGGGCGACCCGCACCUCGCGAGCGUGACGGGGCAGAAGUUCGACGUCAACAUGCCCGGCAGCUACGUGCUGAUCAGGGUCCCCCAGGACCGCCGCCAGCCCUCCAAGCUGGAGAUGAAUGCCACCCUCCAGCCCAACGAGGGCAGCCCCUGCGGCCUCUACAUCAAGAGCGUCGAGCUCGGCGGCGAGUGGCUGGGCGGCCAGGUGGCGAGCGUCGUGCCGCUGCAGCGCAACGUCGAGGGCGAGAACGGCGCGGGCAACCGGACCCUCCGCCCGUUCUCCGUGCGGGUCCGGGGAGCCCCGCGGGGCGGCGCCCCGCGGGAGGCCUCGGGCGCGUACGAGCAGUGGGGGGACUUCCUCUCCCAGCCGGUGCGCAGCCUCUCCGGGCGCGUCCGCCUCGUCCCGGUGUGGCGGCAGGUGUACGCCGACGCCGACAGGACCGGGGGAGACGCAGGAAGCGCAGGCCUUCCAGUUCAAGAUCCAGGGCGACGGCCCGGAGCGAGUCGUCACGCUGGAGGUGUCGCAGGCGGCCCACCAGGCGCUCGACGUCCGCCUGGACGGCCUGCGUGGCCUCGGCUUCGAGCAGCUGGGCGGGCUCCUCGGCACGGAGGGGCACGAUCGCCAGCUGGAGCAGGCCGCGGACGCGUGCAAGACCUUCCGGGUGCGGGCCAAGCAGGGCAGGGUCGGGUCGCUGGUUGGCUCGGUCAUGACCGCCUCCUGGGGCGCGCCAUGAACUUCUGAUCUUCGUCCCACGAGGGUGUGGUAGAACGGUAGAUCACAUUGCCGUUUCGCAAUGCAGCCCCACGAAAAAGAGAGAUCGGCGUAACAUACACUUUCGGGG